AUGGAAAGGAAGAAUUGUUUGAUUGAUCAGUUGGUUGAGGUUUUGAGGGUUUAUAGAAAGUUGGAGGAUGGUAAGGUUGAGAGUAAGGAUCCACAUGUCAAUUUCCUGAUUCAAAUUAUGGAGGAUUUACAUUUAAUGACUGGAAAUCAGGAGACAAUUGAUAGAUUUGUGGGAAAUAUGGAGGGAUUUUUCAAUAUUGGAGUGAGGGGUAAUCAAGAGAAUGAAACACCUGAAAAUUAUUUGGAGAGGAGAAUUUAUGAUAGUGCCACUUAUGCCAUGUUGAAUGUUUUGGAAAUUACUUCGAGUAGAAAUGCAGUUGGGUUGAUUGGGGAGGAUUACAAUACUGAACUCUUCUCAAAAGCUCACAGAUUGUGUGCUAUUGUUUUUUCAAUGGUUAAUGAUUUACUUUCCUAUCAUAAGGAUGUGGUACUGCCAUCAGGAGGAAAUUUAUUGGGAUUGGAUUCGAAUUUAUCGUAUAUUCAGGUAUUGUUGAAGAAUAAUAAGGAUCUUUCAUUAGAGCAGGCAACAAAUCAAUGUUUAGACUAUAUCCUUGAAUCGAAAUCUCAAUUUGAGGCCAUUAUGAAAUUGUGUGUAGAUAAUUGUAACGAGAAGCAAUUGGAUUAUAUUAGAGGAGUAGAAAAGCUCAUGGAUGGAAUGUGUCUUUGGAUGCUCUAUUCCAACAGAUACAGACACGAGGAGCAAGUUUAUGAGGAAUUGACAAAAUUGGUUGAUGAGGAAAAAUUCUAG